AUGAGACAUCUUAACAACUCCCAACAAUUCAAACUUCCAAACUACCACUCUUACAUCACUAAUCGUCCCCAAUGGCUUGGACAUCCUGCAUGGGGAAGCACAGCCAUACUUAUUAAUCGUCAAAUCGUUCAAUAUCAGAUUAAGAUCACUACAUCUUUAAUAGAAAACACCUCAAUAGAAAUUCAAAUAGGCAACAAUGAAUUAAGAUUAUCAGUGGUCUACAAAAAACCUGAUACUCCACUACUUACCUCGGACCUCUCUGCUUAA